CUCCGGACAUCUCAGACCCGGGCCGUUCUUGCCCACCAUCAACAUCAACGCCCAGGACACGCAUGUCGCCGCCUCCGAUAUCCUCAGCUUGCAUAUAUCCUGCGCUGGACGUCAAGCCAAGGCCGAACAGCGAGCGCUCACCAAGACCAAGACCAUGACCUCGAAGGACUUUACCGUUGCCAUUGUGGGUGGCGGCAUCGCGGGCCUGACCCUCGCGAUCGCGCUGCACGCGCGCAACGUCAACGUGACAGUAUACGAGCGGGCGGCGGCGUUCGGCGAGAUCGGUGCCGGGGUGAGCUUUACGCCGAACGCGGUCGAGGCGAUGAAGGUGUGCCAUAUGGGCGUGUACGACGCCUUUGAGCGGGUGUGCACGCGCGUGACCUCGCCCGAGAAGCGCGCCGCCGGCGUCUUCUUCGACUACGUCAAGGGGUACGACCCGAGCCUCGGGCCCGGCGAGAUGCCCAAGAUCGAGUUCACGCUGCGCAGCGCAUACGGACAGAACGCGGUGCACCGCGCCCACUUCCUCGACGAGCUUGUCAAGCUCUUGCCCGCGGACAUUGCGCGGUUCGGCAAGGGCCUCGUCUCCGUGUCCCAGGACGGGGAGGAAGCCGAGAUGCGCUUCGAGGACGGGAGCACGGCGCGCGCCGACGUGGUUAUUGGGUGCGACGGGAUCAAGUCGCGCGUAAGGCGGAGCAUGUUCGGCGACGACGCGCCGUGUGCGUAUCCCUCCUACACGCACAAGUAUGCGUAUCGUGGGCUCAUCCCGAUCGAGAAGGCGCGCGCGGCCCUCGGUGACGACUUGGGAGGCAACGCGUUCAUGCAUCUCGGGCCGAACGGACAUCUCCUCACGUUCCCGGUCGCACAUGGCAAGACGUUGAAUGUGGUCGCGUUCCAUCAGGAUGACGGGGAGUGGCCGGAUGCGGAACGGCUGACGCGGCAAGGCACGCGCGCGCAGGCGCUCAAGGACUUUGAGGGGUGGAGUCCGGCUGUGCAAGCGCUGCUGUCGAUGUGCGACGAGACGCUGAGUGUGUGGGCCAUCUUUGACCUCGCAAACCCCGUGCCCUCGUUCUCGCGCGGCCGCGUCGCGCUCUCCGGCGACGCAGCACACGCCACGUCGCCACACCACGGCGCCGGUGCGGGCUUCUGCAUCGAAGACGCGGCGGUUCUGGCAACCCUCCUGUCCGACCCCGCAGCGACGCGCGCCAACCUCCCCGUGGUGCUGGAAGCGUACGACGCGGCGCGGCGGGAGCGGGGCCACUGGCUGGUGGAGAGCUCGCGCCACCUCGGGCGCAUGUACGACUGGCAGGAGAGCAUGGGGAACGACAUGGCGGCGAUCCACGCAGACCUCGAGGAGCGGUACAAGAUCAUCUAUGGGGACGGGGCGGAGGCCAUGUGCGAGGCGGCGCGGGACGAGCUGCAUAAGCGGAUAGCGUAGGCAUGGCUAGAUGAUAGAGACGGUGGCGAUAUGCCAUGACCGCCG